CAUUUUCGCUGCUGGUCUAUAAAAUAUUGUGACGUCAUUGUCAAUAACGGGCGUUAACCUGGAAACACAGAUACAAAUAUUGUGGUGAUAAUUCCCACACCUCUGAAUCAAUGAUGAUUCUACCAUGAGUUCUCCCUAUAGUGAGCACCAUAAACAUAGAAUACAUUCACCGAAUCAACGAGGAUCACCCGCUGGCACCAUGAACGUUGCAGAGAAAUUGUACUGGCGGAAUAAGCUGCCCCACGGCUUCCAGUAUUACCUGGAGCGUAUGGCACGCAGCAUCAUCAGGGGGAUGCCGGACAAUGUGUAUGAAUUUGCAGCAGUCUACCUGGAGGAAAAACUUGUCGAGAGAAAUGCUGAGAUCCAGCGGCUGCCUGAUGUUACCUACUUUGACAGACUGAAGGAGAAACAUGCCCCUCCACCGUCAGAACAAGAUGACGUCAGUGAGGGGGAGGGAGCUCUCCAACAGACAGAACCUGUUGUAGUCGCAGAGGACGUUGCCGUGGAAGACAAGCCAAAAAGUGCUCUUAACCUGAUUGUAUCUGAGGAAACUACAUCACACACGGCAUACCCUAAAUCCUGUGUCGCAAUGGCUACAGCAGUAGAGUCAGCACCUUUACUGACAGAAGGACGUGAUCUGUCUACUCCUCUAGGUGUACGUGAAGUUACCGAUGAUGUUGUUGCUGCAUCAUUAGACUCUGCUCAAAGAACUGAAAGUGCUGAGGCACCUGCUUCUCAAGAACAAGCGGCUGAGCCUGCCGGAGAGGCACCUACAGAGGAGUCAAAAGCAGAAUCUGUACCUGCAAUCUGCACCUGCAAAAAGACAAAAGCUCCUGCACAAACUUCAGAACCUGCAGCUCAAGAAGAGGCACCUGCUGCACAGGCACCAGCAGAACCAGCUCAGGAAGAAGCUAAGGUAGAGGCACCUGCUGCUGAAGAGAAGCCAGCAGAAUCUACAGAGGAACAAAAGGCCGAAGAACCAGCUGCAACAGAAACACCUGCUGCAGAGCCAACAGCUGCACCAUCAGAACCAACAGCUGAAGCUCAAACACAAACUGAGCAGAAAGAGGAAAGUGCUCCAGCUGAACCUGCUGUACAAGAAGAAAUAAAGGCAGAAGAGGCAGCUCCUGUAGAAUCUGUCCAACAAACAGAAGAAAAACAAGCAGAAGCACCUGCACCUGCAGCAGAGGAAGCGCCAGUAUCUGCAGCUGAAGAGAAACCAGCUGAGGAAGCACCUGCACCAGCAGCUGAAGAGAAACCAGCUGAGGAAGCACCUGCACCAGCAGCUGAAGAGAAACCAGCUGAGGAAGCACCUGCACCAGCAGCUGAAGAGAAAUCUGUAUGUGCAAUCUGCACCUGCAAAGUGACAAAGGCUCCUGCACAAACUUCAGAACCUGCAGCUCAAGAAGAGGCACCUGCUGCACCUGAGGAAGCACCUGCACCAGCAGCUGAAGAGAAACCAGCUGAGGAAGCCCCUGCACCAGCAGCUGAAGAGAAACCAGCUGAGGAAGCACCUGCACCAGCAGCUGAAGAGAAACCAGCUGAGGAAGCACCUGCACCAGCAGCUGAAGAGAAACCAGCUGAGGAAGCACCUGCACCAGCAGCUGAAGAGAAACCAGCUGAGGAAGCACCUGCACCAGCAGCUGAAGAGAAACCAGCUGAGGAAGCGCCAGUAUCUGCAGCUGAAGAGAAACCAGCUGAGGAAGCACCUGCACCAGCAGCUGAAGAGAAACCAGCUGAGGAAGAAGCACCUGCACCAGCAGCUGAAGAGAAAUCUGUAUGUGAAAUCUGCACCUGCAAAGUGACAAAGGCUCCUGCACAAACUUCAGAACCUGCAGCUCAAGAAGAGGCACCUGCUGCACCUGAGGAAGCACCUGCACCAGCAGCUGAAGAGAAACCAGCUGAGGAAGCACCUGCACCAGCAGCUGAAGAGAAACCAGCUGAGGAAGCACCUGCACCAGCAGCUGAAGAGAAACCAGCUGAGGAGGCAUCUGCACCGGCAGCUGAGGAGGCACCUGCACCUAAAGCUGAGGAAGCACCUGCUGCUGAGGAGGUACCAGCACCUGCUGCUGAGGACAAACCUGCAGCAGAGGAAGCACCCGCACCUGCAGCAGAGGAAGCUCCUGCAGUCCAGGAAGAAAUAAAGGCAGAAGAGGCAGCACCAGUAGAGUCCACACCUGCAGCAGAGGAAGCACCCGCAGCUGCAGUUGAAGAAGCACCAGCACCAGCUGAGGAAAAGCCAUCUGAAGAAGCACCCGCAGCUGAACAGAAACCUGCCGAGGAAGCAGCAGCAUCAGAAGAAACACUUUCAGCCACGGAAGCACCUGCACAAGCCGUUGAGGAAGCACCUGCAGCUGAACAAACACCAGCAGAAGAAGCACCUGCAGUUAAGGAAACACCAUCAGAACAGGCAGCUGAAGCACCUGCUGCUGAACAAGCACCAGUGACUGAGGAUAAACCCGCUGAGGAUGCACCUGCACCGGCAGCAGAGGAAGCACCCGCACCGGCAGCAGAGGAAGCACCUGCACCAGCAGCAGAGGAAGCACCCGCACCGGCAGCAGAGGAAGCACCUGCACCAGCAGCAGAGGAAGCACCCGCACCGGCAGCAGAGGAAGCACCUGCACCAGCAGCAGAGGAAGCACCCGCACCGGCAGCAGAGGAAGAACCUGCAUCAGCAGUAGCGGAAGCACCCGCAGCAGAGGAAGCACCUGCACCAGCAGCAGCAGAGGAAGCACCUGCGCCGGCAGCAGAGGAAGCACCUACACCGGUAGCAGAGGAAGCACCUGCACCAGCAGUAGAGGAAGCACCUGCACCGGCAGUAGAGGAGGCACCUGCACCAGCAGCAGAGGAAGCACCUGCGCCGGCAGCAGAGGAAGCACCUGCACCGGCAGCAGAGGAAGCACCUGCACCGGCAGCAGAGGAAGCACUUGCACCGGCAGCAGAAGAAACACCCGCACCGGCAGCAGAGGAAACACCUGCACCUGCAGCAGAGGAAACACCCGCACCGGCAGCAGAGGAAACACCUGCACCUGCAACAGAGGAAGCACCCGCACCAGCAGCAGAGGAAACACCUGCACCGGCAGCAGAGGAAACACCUGCACCAGCAGCAGAAGAAGCACCUGCGCCGGCAGCAGAGGAAACACCUGUAACUGAAUCCGCACCCGCACCCGCACCCGCACCAGCAGUAGAAGAGAGCAAACCUGAGAGUGAACAAACAGUCCAGGCAGAACAGGCUCCAGCAGCUGAACAGGCUCCUGCCGCUGAACAGGGAUGAACUACACACAAGCUGUGAACAUGUGAAAAUCUUCAGUAUUACAAUCUCUUUCUCUCACAGACUCCUUUCCAAAUUGUCUCUUGUUUCGUUUAAGCAUGUUAUUCCUUAAGAUCGUUAAAAUAUGGGAUUUGUUGAAGGUGAUACUUUUGCUACGGUUAAAGUAAUGUGAUCUGUUAUUAAUUUUGCCACGAAACCCUAUCUGUAGCACUGAACACCAGAGUUGUCUCCUUGUUUAAGGUAGCCGCGUACAAGCUUCAGAUAAUUGUAAAUAUGUUUGUUUUUUUUCAACCUGAAGUUGUAUGCCAACAUGCCUGUACAUCCUUCAGGAAACAAAAAUGCAUCACGUUCAGUGACAUGAAACUGUAUAACCGAUGUGAAUGUAUAUUGAAUGAAUGGCGAAAAUCGGAAUGUAUGCUUGUGUACAAUAAAUAACCUGUAUAUACUUGA